GUUAUACUCAUGCAUGUUCAUCACCGUGCGCAACAAGCCUGGGACGCAAUACAACCGAAACCAGCCCGCUGUUAGUUGACCCUUUGACAACGUCUUGCGAAGCGCAUCCUGCUUGCUCUCCUAUGUAUUCGGCGUCACAACAACAAGUGAAAUAGCACACUUUUACUCAUCGUAAUCGCGCCAAGGCGUGCGUGCUCCAGGCUACCGCCUACAUGGCUGUUGCCUGCGCGGUUGCCGUCCGGCCCCUGGUCCAAGUGGCCGUUGCCUCUGCCGUUUCCACCGCCGCCCCUGCCUCCUCGAAGCCUGCCGUCAAGCUCGCCGCCUCCGCCGUGUCCGCCGUCGCGCUCACCACCGUCUCUGUAUCCGCCGGCCUGUUGGCAACCACCGCUGUUGAAGAUCCACGUUUUCAUGCCGCGGACUGCCAGAGCCGUUCUGCUGAUGCGAGUGCGAGCUGUGAGGACCUUCAGCCCUCCACAUCCACAUGCACAUCAGCAGUAGCUGACGCCAACAGGCCCACCCGCCGUGUCAGGCGCAGCGGCUCCAAGGCCCAACGCCGAGGAUCCACCACGCUGACAGCUUCCGUUCCAUCCAUGGCGGCGGCCGUCGUGCUCCCACCCAAGAUCGCCCUGCGGCGGCGCCAUCGGCUGCGCCUUCGGGCGGGACACAGCGCCACUGCUGCUGCCACUGACAAGACCCCUCGGGAGCAGCCGGAUAAGCCCGCUGCAUUGCCGGAGGAUCUGCUCCCGGCCGACGCCACCUCCACCUCCAGCACGGGCAAAAUCUCCUCCGCCGCGGUGUGCUGCGGCCUGCUGGCGCACUGCAGCGCUGCCCAGCUGCACGCCAUCCUGUGCGGGCUAGUGCAAGCCGUGGCAUCCAGCAGCGUCAAGGGCAACAAUCGGAAGCUGCUGCUGGGCUCCAAGCUGCGCAAGCUGCUGGAGGGCGUGGGCGUGGCGCCGGCCAACGGCAAAGCCUACACCGCCGCCGACGUGGCGGCACUCUCCGGCCCCAAGCUGGAGCGGCUGCGGGCCACGCUGAAGUCGCAGCCGGGACUGCUGCUGUGGUUCCUGCUGUUUACCGCGCCCGCUGAGCUGCAGGCGCUGCAGGCGGCGCUGCUGCCGGGCGGCGCGGGCGACAGGAGCUUCGAGGAGUGGCGCGCCGCGAUUGACGCUGUGGCCGGCAGCGGCCACGAGCAGCUGCUGGCGGCGGCGCAGGAAGUGAGGGGCCGCCAGUCGGCGUGCGUUGAGGGCAGUACGGCCGGCAACACCGCCACCACCGCCACCAUCACCACCACCAACAACAACCCCGCCAGUCAUGGUGGCGUCUACACGGCGCUCACGGGCACCGAGGUUACCAGCAAGGUGGGCUAAUCGGUUACCGGACAAUGCGAUUUAAUUAAGGGACAAUUUGUCCGGUAAAGUAGAGUCCGGUAGCUUUCAGGCAUUGUCCGGUAGAGUCGCGCACCAAUGUCCGGUAGGGCAGCGCCAGAUUGUCCGGUAGAUUUCAAGCAUUGUCCGGUAGGUUUCAGGCAUUGUCCGGUAGGUUUCAAGCAAUGUCCGGUAAGGUAGUGCACCAAUGUCCGGUAGGGUAGUGCACGAUUGUCCGGUAGAUUUCAAGCAAUGUCCGGUAGCUUUCAAGCAAUGUCCGGUAAGGUAGCGCACCAAUGUCCGGUAGCCUAGCCAGCAGUACAAGCAGGACGCGUCCCACCGUCUUUUGUGGUGUCUACAGACACCGUUGCAUGUCCUGUCAUUCUAGUCAUUCCCUUGUCAUGUAGCAGCGGCUCCCCUGCCCUUGUUCAACCCUGUUCACAUACCCUUUUUGCUUGCUCCUGGGUCCCUUUGGCUACCUCGUCGCGCUCCUUUGGCCCCAUGCGCCUCCAUGCUUGCGCACAUAUCACCUGCAUACACAGCACCACCAGCGUUGCAACAGGCAUGGUGACAUGCAGCACAUGCACCGAUGCCUAGCGCGCAGACCAAGGUUGACAUGAGGAUAUGGCGGCCGGGGAAUUGUAAGCAGAUAUUUCCAUGCAUAAGCGAUUGAAACUAUUAGGACCCCGUGCGAAAGCGCAGGCAGGGCAAACGCAUGGUUGUUGACCGUGACAGCAAAACACGUAGACGCUUUGAGCUUUGAGCUGAUACAAUGCGAGUUCUCAGUCAGAACGUUACAUUAUCGGGCUGUGAGCCUGUUUGGCCUUGAAUCUUGUGCAGGUCGGCGAUGGUCAGCGAUAAAGGCCUCCACUUUGACCAAGUUUGUAGCACCUCCGCCAACCCCUCAAGCAUGCUCGCAACCUUGUGUCUAACAUAGUUGCUAUGAAAUAGCAUCGUGCAGUAUCAUAGAGGGUUUGUGAACGUGGAACACUGCAUGCCGAUAUCGCUUGCAACGGCGGUGAUAGGCUGUAACAGCUCAGCGAUACAUUUAACAACUUGUAAGUAUUAAAUCUG